UAUCAUUAUUUAUCGAUCAUAUAUGGAAUCCAUUCAUUGUCACACACAUAUUAUUUUCUAGUUAGCUAGAUAUUUCAUUUCAUCAUCCAUCACAUUAUAUCAACCAAAUAGUUCCUUUUAUUAUAUCACUAUAUAUAUAUAUAUGGGAUUAUAUAUUUCAGAUAUUUAAUUAUACAACACUCUACAAAUUCUUACUAGCUUCUAUAUAUAUGUAUACAAAUGCAUGAUAUGGUUAUGCAAUCCAUGGGAGGUGGAUUACGGCAGUUAAAACCACCGCAUGGUGGUGGUGGUAGUAGUUUAAAGUGUCCACGUUGCGACUCAUUAAACACUAAAUUCUGUUACUACAAUAACUACAAUCUUUCUCAGCCGCGUUUCUUUUGCAAAGGCUGCCGUCGUUACUGGACUAAAGGCGGCGUCCUUCGCAACGUUCCCGUCGGUGGCGGCUGCCGUAAAAAAUCCAAACGCUCAAAGCCCAUCUCCGGUACCAAAAACAACAGCAACCCUUCAACCGUCGUAGUUAAACCAUCUUCCGGCUCACAUAGCUCAAGCAACAACUCUUCUCCGGCGACUACGACGGCACCGGUGGCAGAGACGACGAAGACGACAAAUUCUAGUUUUCAUGAAACGUGUUUUGAUAUUCCGGUGUUUGAUACGGACAGCCACCAUAACAUGUUGUCGGAAAUUGGGAUGUUGAAAGGACUGAUGACGUCAUCUUCCGAUGGGUUACCUAUAGGGAUGACGUCAUCGAUGCCGCCACAGCGUGGUCAUGAAUGGGUUAUUGGUGGGGAUAACGGCGGCGGAGAUGCGACGGAGGAGGGAUGGGGGCUGUUUGACGAUCAUCAAGAAACAUAUUGGUGGGAUGAUAAUAGUAACCAUCAAGAUCAUCAUGAUCAGCUUAAUUAUUUUCCUUAAUUAAUCAGUCAUAUAUAUUGAGGUAUUUAUAUCUAUUGCGAUAUUAUUGUAAUUUGUAAUACUAGUUGUCUAGUAUACGUUAACAUGUUUUUGGGUUGUAACAAAUUUAACAUUUCUUGUUUUGUGUUAAUUAAUUUAAGACUUUUGAGUCGGUCUAUUUCAAAAGGCCAUGAUGAAAAAGGUUGUAUUGCAAGGAAUGAUCUAGCUUGUUAGCUUUUGGUUACUCAAA